ACCGUUAUGGAGGCGAAGCGAGGUGCGAGCUAUGCUAGGGUUUGCAAGUAUGACUUGCGGUGUCGGCCGACAGGCAAUGAGGCCCCUCCUAAAUCAUGGUGGCAGUUUAGAGCACGGCGACAACGGUGCUUUCAGGAGGUCUGGACUCCAUCUGACCAAAGACAGUGACAUUUCUCGUCCUGGGUGUGGGGUUUCGGAAAAAUCCGGCAUUUGGGACACUGCUCGGGAUGCGGGUUUAAAGAUCAACAACCCUAUGAAUGGCAACACCCCCAGCGACUGGGUCAGGGAAGGCUUCUUCGACUCGGGAGUGUCACAACCGAUGAGAACAGUUGUUUUAGGAUUUUGUCCUAUCCCAAGUCAGAUUGUGACAGGAAGAAGGAGAAUGAGCUACAAGCUCUUGUGAAUCGGCAAGCGCCUUGUUCGGUUGUAUCCAAGAUGGUGACACAUGGGGCGAGGACUCCGGAGGUGGGCUGGACAAAGGUGAAAAAGAAAAAAGAUAAGAGAGGCAUGGAGAAUAUCCCUCCUAAUGUCCCUCCAUGUUCUAAUGUUAAGGGGAGUUUAAAAUUGCAGUGUAAUGAUAGACCUGUCCAUGGGUCAUACACAUGUGAUGGGGAUGGACUUCCCUUGCUAUAAACCCCACUAGUUUGGGCCAGGUACAACCCGAUAUUGAAUAAAAUGAGAAA